AUGACGGAUAAAGUCAACAGCGAAGGGAGGAGGAGGACGACGAGAGAGAGGAGGUAUUUCUUGCCCCCGUCGUGCUUCAGAGGAUCCCCCGCCGGCGGCCCGGAAGCUUCGAGCCGGCGAGCUCCCUGGCUCAGGCGGUGGAGGUCCAGGAGGAGCAAGAAGACCGUUCCCCUGGACGAUCCGGCAGCACCAACGGCGGACUGGGUCGGAGCUCGCGGCGGGGGCCAACAGAAGGAAAACGCAGAAGGCAAAGGCAAGAAGAUCCAGGCUCCCACGAAGAUCCCGCCGGCGGCGGACGGUGAUACGCAGGACCAUAGCUUCUUCCGGGGACUUCUGAAGGCAAGAAUCUCGCUUCGAUGGAAGUCGCCAGAGGAAGAUGGGGAAACCCCCACGAAGAUGAAGGAGAGGCCGGAGAGUAGUGGCGCUGGCUCUGAGGUUGAGCAUCCCGCCGCCGCGUCCUUUCACCACCGGUCGCGGCAGCAGCAGCAGCUACGUCUCCCCUUCGUUUACCUUGGGGAAGAGACUUAUACUCCACCCAGUUCCCUCGGGGUCGCCUGUUCCUCCAUCUCAGGCGCCACCGGGGGUGGCAUUUGCCCGCCAUCGAUCUCCGCCGCAACGUCUCAAAUCUCCAGCACCAUUCCCCGCGGUGAGGGCAGAGCCGCUAGCCCGUGGCUUCUGGCCGUCGUGCUGCUGCUACUCCUGCUGUUCUUUGACCGGACAAGCGCCGUCUUUUGCACUUGCGCCUGCCUCUACUGUCUCCCUCGGCUGCGCGCCGCCUCGUCGAGACCGCCGGCGGAGGGAGAAGCUGCGCCGCCGGCUGAUGGGUUUAUCCUACUCGGCAAUGGUUCGUGA